AUGGAGUCAUCGACGCAAACAGCCCUUGCGCUCGCCAGCGCGGCUGCGCUAUCUCUCUUCAUUUACAACCACAAUCAGCGCAAGAGGCGCCCACAGCUUCCGCCUUCGCCGCCGCAGAGUUUCCUCUUUGGUAACAUGAAGGAUGUUCCUUCUAAGGGAGACAUGUGGGUCCAGCACAGAGAUAUAGCUGCGAAGCUUGACAGCGACUGGGUCAACUUCAACAUGAUGGGUAGUAAGCUACUCGUGCUGAAUUCGUACGAAGCAGCGAACGACCUCCUCAACAAACGAGGUGCCAAUAGUAGUGGAAGGCCACGCAUGGUUAUGCUUAACGAGUUGAUGGGCUGGGACUGGAACCUUUCCCUGAUGGAUUCGGAGAACGACCGGUUCGUUGCCGUCCGCCGUUUGCUGACACAGCAGCUUCAGACCAGUGUGGUUGCGCGAUCAUAUCACUCUAUCAUGCGACAGGGUGUAGCAUCGUUACUCAAGAAUCUCCUUGAUGAUCCCAAGGAUUACAGGAGGUAUUUCAGACACAUGAACUCCUGGCUUAUCAUGAUGAUGGUUUACGGCCAUCACGUCGAUCCCACUGAUGAUAAAUACGUCAACCUGAUCACAAGUGCGGGGGAGACGGCCAUCGAGGCCCACGGGUAUAAGCUGAUAGCCCUAUUUCCAUCUUUGAAGCACAUACCUGAGUGGUUCCCUGGCGCUGCAUUCAAGCGAUUCGCGCGCAAAGCGCGUCUGGUUUCUGAAAAAGUGAGAGCGGAGCCGCAUGACAUGGUCAAGGAGCGAAUGGCGGCAGGCACAGCAGUCCCUUGUCUGACAAGUAUGCUCCUCGAAGACGAGUCUACUGUCAAUGUCAAGACCUUUGGUCUCGAUCGUGAGGAAAUCAUCAAGGAUUGUGCGAGCACCUUGUAUGGGGCUGGCGUGGAUACGACAUUCUUCUCCUUAAUGGUCUUCGUCCUCUGCAUGCUCAGAAACCCCGAAGCCCAAAGACGCGCACAUGAAGAACUAGAGCUCGUCACCAACGGCGGCGCCCGCCUACCCGACUUCUCCGAUCGCCCGAACAUGCCGUACAUCGAAGCACUGCUGAAGGAAGUCUCGCGGUGGCACCCGACUGCGCCUAUCGGCGUUCCGCACCGUGCAACCAAAGACGAUGUGUACCGGGAUAGGCUCAUCCCGAAGGACACAACGAUCAUCGCGAAUGCGUGGGCCAUGAUGCACGACCCGGCGGUGUAUGAGUCGCCAGAGCUGUUCAUGCCGGAACGUUUCCUCUCGCGCCCUGGGAAGGCCGCGAAGCCGGACCCGCAGCGCGCUGUGUUCGGUUUUGGCAGGCGCAUCUGUCCAGGUCGCCAUUUCGCCGAUGCGGUCAUGUGGCUGACCAUUGUCAGCGUACUCGCUACGUUCGAGAUCCUGCCUCCCAUGGACGAGAACGGAAACGAAGUUGAGCAAGAUAUCAGCUUGGGGGAGGAGUGGAGCACGGCACCGAGUACAUUCAAAUGCACAUUUAAGCCUCGCUCCGAGGAUAUGGUGAAGCUCGUUCGGAUGGAGACCUGAUGGAGAAAAUG